AUGGCAUCAUCACCAGAGAGGAAAAUAGAUGCUAAAUCCAAUUUAAAUCAAAUCAAAUCACAAUUGUAUGAGUCAACUCCUUCAUCAGGCGACUCUACACCCGAUAUAAUCGAAGAACAAAAGUUUGAGAAUGAUUUGGACUAUUUAUUGACAAAUAAAGAGAAUGGAAAUUAUGAGGAACUGACUGAAUUUGUUUCCACGAAAUAUGACGAGGUUGUAAUUUCGAAAUCUACAGGAACCAAACAUAAAGCAAAGCCUAAAGCUCAAAAUAAAAAGUUCACUGUGGCUGAUGUAACUAAGGAUAUGGAAGGUCUUGACUUUUCUAGUGACGAAGAUGUUGCUAAUGGAGAUGACACUGGCAAGAAUAAAGAUGAGAAACCGAACAAACUCAAGCUGCAAAAAAGUAGAUCAAGAUUGAAUAAGAGAAAAAGUAAAUCAAAACUCAAUAAAACUGUUGUAAAUGAUUCGUCAACUUCAAAUUCAGAAGGCCAAAAUGAUGCUAAUUUGCAAAUAGAUACAAACAAAGAAGCAACAAAAACGAAACCUAAGAGAUCACCCAAAAAGAAGGAAACCGAGUCGAUGCAAAUAGAAGAGACCCAAGUAAACAAAACAGCAAAGAAGGUAAAAUCCAAAAAAAGUAGAAACAACCUCAAAAAUAAAGCUCGACCAGAAGCCAAACCAACAGAUGCUGCUAAAACUGAUGAAGAUAAGAAUAUAGCCAAUGGUAAAGAUAUGGAUAUUAACAAUGAAACGCCUGGUUCAAAAAGUAAUGGCACUGACAACUCAGAAUUGGUAGACGAAGCCUUAAAUAACGAAGUGGAAGAGGAAGAAGACGAAGCAUUGAAACGCAAGCUUAAGAAUAAAAAGAGAAAGGAAAGAAGAAAGAAACGUAAUCAAUUAACAAAGGAGUCGAAUACCAGUGAAAAUGAGGAGUCUGCAACACCAUCAGUUCCAUCACCAGCAGCUGCUCCUUCACCAUCUAAAGAGACCACUUCAAAACCAGAAGAUAAUCCAUUUGUGAUAAAAUUAAGAUCAGUGAAAAGCACCAUCAAUAAGAAAUACUCUGAAAAUUUACCCGAGGUGCAGCCAACCAAAACCAUCAUUGGAAUGUCCCAUCAGCAAAUUCUUCAUUCAGAUUUGUCUGAUGUCAAAAUCAAAACUUUAAUGACAUCUUCGUCAGUUUCCAAAUAUGCUGCCAAUGCAGUCAAGUUUGUAACGACUCAUAAAGAUGAUUUAUUUGGCAAUUUUGAAAAUAAGAAGAUUUUUUUAACUUUGUGCAUUAACAUUGCCUUGUAUGAAUCACUUGGUUAUAAGAAAACCACCAAAUUAUACCCUAACGUUUUGGAAUUAUUUGGAGGAUACGCUGAGAUUAAUUUAGAAACCACUCGUACUAAAUUGACACCAUCGAAAAAAGAUAUUCAUCAAAAUGAUUUGGAUUAUUCAGUAUUAUCUUAUUUUGGACACAUUUUGAUUUGGGCAGCUCAUCAACAACGUCAAGGUAAAGUACCUAUUUUUGCUGAUAAAUUUGGAAUCAGCUUAACCAGUAAAGAAGUUCGCUCAAAGAUUGGUGGAUACCAUUUAUGGGAUAAACUAUUCAGAGAAUUGCAAGGAAUGAAUUCCAAGAGAUGGAAGCAUGUAAUCAAGUUUAGAAAUGCUUUUCAAUACGAGGAGGAUCAGUUUAUGAUUAUUUUAAGAUUUAUGCAAAUUGAUGAAAAUAUCCCUUAG